GCACCAAAGACUCCAAAAGUCAUAAUACUAAGUAAUAAUUAUUGUAUACAAUGUGAACAAAAGGAUAAAUAUAUUGAAAAGUUAGAAAGCUUGGUAAAUAAUACGCAAAAUUUUGAUAAAUCAUCCAAUGUUGGAGCAGCGGAUUUAGAUUAUUCUUCUAAUCAAAUUAAUCAUGAGCUAUUUGAAGGAGUUGGAAUGCAAUUACAAAAUCAAUUUGCAACUCCGACAAUCACAUUAACAACUAUCCAGACAGAAAUGCCUUUAGAGAUGCAAAAUCAAAUGGGUCCGACAACUAUCUUAACGCACACGUAUGAACCAGAAGAUUUUGCAAUAACAUUAGAUUUGAGUCCUUUCAACGUACCCAAACAAUAUUAA